ACAAAAUAGUGAAUAUUUUUUUGUAUUUACUAAGAUUAAAUCAUGAGAUGGUCCGUAAUAUUAGUGUUGGUUUUAAUCUCCUAUGUUACAAAUGUACAAGUGUUGGAUAGCAACAUAAAAUGUGGCUUGUCCAACCUUGGUGGCUUUCAAGUUCGCAUGGACAACGGUUUUGCAGACUUCGGGGAGUUUCCAUGGAUGAUUGCUGUUAUCAAAAAAUCCAAUAUGACGUCUACAGAAUGGUCUAAUAAGGAUUACGUGUGCGCCGGUACUCUCAUACACCCCUCAGUGAUACUUACGAGCACCCGGGCUAUCAGCAAAUACGAGACGAAUGAGAUCAAAUGCAGGGCAGGAGAAUGGGACAAAACCUCAGAAAAUGAAGAAUAUAUGCACCAAGAACGAAACGUACGAAAAAUAGUCAAUCAUCAACAUUACUUCAGAGAUUCAGUAUUAAAUUCUGUGAGUUUAAUAUUCCUGGAAGAGCCAUUUAAUUUAAUAAUCGCGCCGCACGUGGGCGCAGCGUGCGUGGGUCAGACGCUGCCAGAGCCGGGGACUCAGUGCUUCGGCACGGGAUGGGGAAAGUCCGCUAAUACCAAGGAGACUAACGUACUUAAAAAGAUUCCGGUAAAUCUUCUGAGUUCUGCUGACUGUCAAGAGAAAUUGAGGAAGACACAAUUAGGAAAAUUCUUCAAGUUGCACAAUAGUCUGACUUGCGGAAGCUCACCUGAUGAUAGCUGCAAGGGCGACCACGCGGCGCCACUUGUCUGUCCAGUAAAGGAUGUGAGUACAAGAUACGUGGUGUACGGUAUGAGUGCCUACCGUAUAAACGAAAGUGGCGCCCCCUGCGCUUAUGUCAAAGUUCCCGCCUUUUACAACUGGAUAGGAGAGAAGAUGGCUGAAGAAGGAUUUUAUUCAAAUUCGUAUACUUACGUGUCUUAAUUUCUACGCUAUUUCUGUUGUAAAUAAAUAAAAUCUUAUCGAGUUA